AUGCCAUCAGAAUCUAUGGAAAUACCCCACAAUAUCACAGAAUUUUUCAUGCUGGGACUCUCACAGACCCCAGAGGUGCAGAGAGUUCUCUUCAUGGUCUUUCUGAUCAUCUAUGUGGUCACAGUUUGUGGGAACGUGAUCAUUGUGGUCACCAUUGUUUCCAGUUCCACCCUGGCCUCCCCAAUGUAUUUUUUCCUGGCUCACCUGUCAUUUAUUGACACCUGCUAUUCCUCCUCCAUGGCCCCUAAACUCAUUGCUGACUCCUUGUAUGAGGGGAGAACUAUUUCUUUUGAGGGCUGCCUGACUCAGCUCUUUGGAGCACAUUUUUUGGGAGGUGUUGAGAUCAUACUACUCACAGUAAUGGCCUACGACCGCUAUGUGGCCAUCUGCAAACCCCUGCACUACACAACCAUCAUGACCAAGCAUCUCUGUGCCAUACUGGUGGGGGUGGCAUGGCUGGGGGGCUUCCUGCAUUCAUUGGUUCAGCUCCUUUUAGUUUUUCAGUUGCCCUUCUGUGGGCCCAAUGUGAUCAACCACUUUGUCUGCGACUUGUAUCCCUUGCUGGAACUCGCCUGCAUGGACACAUAUGUCAUUGGUCUGCUGGUGGUGGCCAACAGUGGAGUGAUCUGCCUGUUGAACUUCCUCAUGCUGGCUGCCUCCUACAUUGUCAUCCUGAGCUCCCUGAGGUCCCACAGUGCAGAGGGGAGACGCAAGGCCCUCUCUACCUGUGGAGCUCACUUUACUGUUGUUGUCCUCUUCUUUGGGCCCUGCAUAUUGACUUAUAUGCGACCAUUGUCUACUUUAUCUAUAGACAAAAACAUGGCGGUAUUUUAUGGUAUUCUGACACCUAUGUUGAAUCCACUCAUUUAUACCCUGAGAAAUACAGAAGUAAAAAACGCCAUGAGAAAUCUACUGAAAAGAGAGUUAACAUACAAAGCCAAACAAAUUAUUGAGCAAUCAUGGACCCAAAGCUUGGAAUAGUGGAGAGGAAGUGUUACGGGGAUACUCACUGCAAACUCUAGUGUACUUCUGCUUUCAGGUAUAUA